AUGUGGUUAAACAAAGGCAAAGACGCAGCUGAUGCGGUGACAGGUGCGGCAGCAGCCGGCUUACACCUGCCCCGCACGCGCCACCGCAAGCUGCUCUAUUACAAAACAUUCCUUCAGAACACUGGCGUGAAGAAGACAAAGGGAUACGGGCGGCAGGUCGAUAGAGUGAGAGGUGGCACGAGAGUCGACGUAAACAAACCGCGGUCGGGUGCUUCGACCGCACUUACCAUUUCGGGGCUCGCCGGAUCCAGGACGUGCAGAAGCGGUCGCGGUAGUGGAGAGAGGGGGCGUCGUCGCAGGGUGGCCGGUCAGCACAAAUACACACACUUAGUUUGGUCACACGAUGAGCGGUCGAAAACGACGUCCCGUCCUACACUACGUUCGCGGCGCGCGCCAGUGCAGUCGACGUCACCGCAUCCCGCUCCCGACUGGCGAGUGGCGGAGCUCGGCGCGAGCGAGCGACGACCUCGCUGCACCGUGCAACGUCCCGCGCGCCGCCCUCCGCCGCGACCACAGUCGACCACGCCGCCAGUUCGUCUAUACGAUCGACCGCAAAACUACCCCUUUCUCAAAUGUACUUUCAACGAGUAG